AUGACCGGGACAGAGCCGCUCCUUGGCGAGGAGUCGGCACCGCAGCACAAGCGCUGCACGGUCAACCAGACGCUGCUUGCGCUGCUGGCGCUGCAGCUAGGCUGGGGCCUGUGGCUCCUGCCGCACGCAUUCGCGCUGCUGGGCUGGGUGCCGGCGCUGCUGGCGGUCGGCGUGAUCGCCUUUACCACAGCAUACAGCGGCAGCCUCUUCACAAAGCUGUUUCUGGCGACGCCGGGCACAGUGCUCUUCGGGGACAUCGCGGAGGCAGCCGGCGGCCCCAACGCGCGCGCGCUCUGCUACGCGAUCGUGUAUACUUUGGACGGCACGCGCUGCGUGAUCCUGCACCUGGCGGCCACCCAGAGCCUCGAGCACGCGCUCGGGGACGCGGCGCCGCCGCUGUGGCAGUGCGGCCUGAUCGUCCUCGUCAUCGCGGCGGUCGCGUCGCAGAUCCGCGCGCUCAGCGAGCUGUCUGGGUUCUUCCUGCUGGGGACGACCUCUCAGCUCAUCGGUCUGGGCAUCGUGAUAUACCAGCUGAUCUCUGAGCCCGACCCUGCUGCCAAGCACGAGGCGUUUGUGAGGCCGGGCGGCCCGAGCGGUGCCACGCUGGAGGCGCAGUUUGUGGCGUUCUUCAACAUAAUAUUCGCGUACGGCGGCCAAUUUGCGUUUGUGGAGCUGAUGACGUCGAUGGAGCAGCCCACGCUUCUAAUGGGCUAG